AGAGGGGGGAAGAGAGAGAGCGAGAGGGAAAGAGAGAGAGAGAGAGAAAGAAAGGGGUAGGUCUUCCUUCCAAGUUUUUUUUGCCUUCACAAGCUACACAGUCUGAGUAAGUAAAGGUAACGGUCAGCUGUGCGUUUGUUAGGGUUAGGUUUUUGUUUUCCAAAAUAUGACCAAGAGGUGUGCAUCUUCUCAAAAUCAUACUAGUGUUACAGAUUAUGGACCAAAAAUGUCCCAAAAUGAGAGUCAAUCCAAUACUGAUGGGAAAGUGCAGGAUGAAGACAAAAAGAAGGUUGGACUUGGGAAGAAAGUUUCUUUGCUCCGAGGGAUGUCCAUCAUCAUUGGAACCAUUAUAGGUGCUGGAAUCUUCAUUUCUCCAAAGGGCAUCCUCAUGCACUCCGGCAGUAUAGGAAUGUCUCUAAUCGUUUGGAUUGGAUGUGGUGUGGUGUCUCUCUUUGGAGCCCUGUCCUAUGCUGAGCUGGGGACAUGUAUUAAGAAGUCUGGUGGACAUUACACAUAUAUAAUGGAAAUCUAUGGACCUCAGAUGGCUUUCCUAAGGCUGUGGGUUGAUCUCAUUGCAAUACGACCGGCUGGGAUGGCAGUCAUUUCUCUGGCCUUUGGACAGUACAUCCUGGAGCCUCUGUUCAUGCCCUGUCCUAUUCCUCCUGUAGCUGUCAAACUGGCUACUGCCAUCGGCUUAACUACUGUCAUGUCCCUGAACAGCACGAGUGUGACCUGGUCAGCCAGGAUUCAAAUCUUCCUUACCAUCAGCAAGCUGCUCGCCAUUGCCAUCAUCAUAGUACCUGGGCUGUACCAGCUCUUUAGAGGGAAUACCAGAAACUUUGACAAUGCCUUUGAGUUCAGUAAUAUGAAGCUGCAUGGUAUGCCACUGGCAUUCUACUCUGGGAUGUAUGCAUAUGCUGGAUGGUUCUAUCUGAAUUUUGUGACAGAGGAACUAGAAAAACCUGAGAGGACUUUGCCAUUAGCUAUAUGUUUGUCCAUGGCGAUUGUGACCUGCUGUUAUGUGCUCACCAAUGUGGCAUAUUACACAGUGAUGUCAGCAGAAGAGAUCCUGACCACGGAUGCUGUUGCUGUGGUGUUUGCAGAGAAGUUGAUGGGGAAGUUUUCCAUGGCUGUUCCUGUGUUUGUGGCCUUGUCUUGCUUUGGCUCCAUGAAUGGCUGCAUAUUUGCCUUGUCAAGAAUGUUCCUCGUGGCAUCGCGGGAAGGACAACUGCCUGAGGUUUUGUCAAUGAUCCAUGUCCGCAGAAACACUCCCCUGCCUGCUGUUUUCAUACUGUACCCUAUGACCAUGUUCCAGCUGUUUGUGGGAGACAUCUACAGCCUGCUGAACUUUAUGAGCUUCCUGCGAUGGCUCUUCAUUGGUGUGGUGGUGCUGGGUUUAAUCUACCUCCGAUACAAGAAACCAAACCUGCCCCGCCCCUUUAAGGUCCCGCUCUUCAUUCCAGUGGUAUUCUGCCUGGCAAGUUUCUUCAUGGUCUUUCUGUCUCUGUACUCGGACCCUGUUAAUACAGGGAUUGGAUUUGCCAUUUCCCUCACUGGCAUCCCAGCAUACUUCAUCUUCAUCUACUUCAAUGACAGACCAAAGUGGCUUCAGAGGUCUUUAGAUUCCUUCAACAGAUCACUACAAGUCAUCCUGGAGGUUGUCCCUGCUGAGCAGUAACAACACUCAAACACUGUAUGAAUAGUUUGGGACUAAGAAUCAAUUCUGUCAUUUCUGAAUGUGAUUUUAUUGAUAAUGCAAUUUAUUAACAGUAUCCAGAAAUAGAUGUAAAGGAAAGUACAACAUAUAUUUAGUGUCCAAAUCUUUUUUCAAACUGGGAUUAUUUUGUAACACAAUCUGAUGACCAUGUUCUUCUCGAUAACCCAUAUUUACUGUAUUCAAUGCACAUGACACACAAAGUGUCUGAUCUUAAGGAGUUUGAUUAAAUGUUAUGAGACUGA